CAAAUUAAAGCCCCACCGACCCCACGCCGCGACAAACCUCGCAUCAUUAUGCAUCUCCAAUCCAUUGAAGCAAUCCACCUUCUCAAGCAACUUUAAUUGAUUAGCUUAGCUACUGACACUGAUUAACCAUAUUUUUGUUUUGUUUUCAAGUUUUCGUUUCUUUCUCAUUCCGGUGGAGGAGUGUUGCGAGAAUUCGGGAAGAUUAACUGCCAGGCAGUAUCCAAUUGACUGCUUCUCUCUGGACGCUGGAAGCUUGAGAGAUUGGAUUCGCGGUUCGCUUCGAUUCGAUUCGGUUCUCCUUUGAGAGCAAAAAUGAUGGAAAUUAUUCACUGUCAUGGUGCACACCAAAAUUAUGUCAUAAAUUCUUGUGGUGUAAGCAGCUCUAAACCACUUCGAUCAAAGCUUCCUAUUAAAAGGGAAAGAUUUUUUUGCCCUGUAAUAACUGGUUUAGCAUCAUCACAAAAAUUUUAUCCGAAUCACGGAAAAUUAAAGAGACGUAGCCUCAGCAAACCUUCUUCGGCAGUUUGCGCUCUUGAGAGAUACGAAAAUGUUAAUUCAGGUGUCUUGGAUGAAACAUAUGAAUCCUAUGUACCAAGGGUUUCGAUUCCUAGUUUGCCAGAAGAAAACAACGGUAAUAAUGCAGCUCGGAUAACAAGUUGUUUCUGGGAAUGGCGUCCGAAACUUAAGGUUCAUUACGAGAUAUCAGGGUCAUGUAAUGAGGAUUCCCCACCGAUUCUUUUGCUUCCGGGGUUUGGUGUAGGCUCGUUUCAUUACAAGAAACAACUGAAAGAUCUUGGUCGUGAUCAUAGAGUGUGGGCACUCGAUUUUCUUGGUCAAGGCUUGUCCUUACCUUAUGAAGAUCCGACAUUACAGUCUAAAGAUGGACAGAAUGGUAUUUGGGGUUUUGGAGACGAAAGUGAGACAUGGGCAGAAGAGCUCGUUUAUUCUACCGACUUGUGGAAGGAUCAAAUUCAUUACUUCGUGGAAGAGGUGAUAAAAGAACCCGUUUACCUUGUGGGAAAUUCUCUCGGAGGGUUCAUGGCGCUGUAUUUUGCUGCUUUUUAUCCUCAUUUGGUGAAAGGCAUUACUUUGCUUAACGCAACUCCUUUUUGGGCGUUUGUCCCUAAUUCUAUACGAUCUCCAGCAUUGUCGAGACUCUUUCCUUGGGCCGGAACUUUUCCUCUCCCUUCCACAGUUCGAAAGCUUGUAGCAAUUCUAUGGCAGAAGAUUAGCGACCCAAGAAGUAUUGCAGAUAUACUGAAACAAGUGUAUGCAGACCACUCGACGAAUGUAGAUGAUGUGUUUUCUCGUAUAGUCGAGACUACACAACACCCGGCCGCCGCUGCAUCGUUUGCUUCGAUCAUGUUUGCCCCCCGGGGAGAGUUGUCCUUAAAUGAAGCUUUAUCCAAGUGCCAAAUGAACAACAUACCCAUUUGUCUCGUGUAUGGAAAGGAAGAUCCUUGGGUAUUGCCUUUCUUCGGUUUGCAGAUUAAACGUCAAGCUCGGGGCGCUCCUUAUUACCAGAUCAGCCCGGCGGGUCACUGCCCCCACGACGAAGUUCCUGAGGUGGUGAACUUUCUCGUGCGCGGUUGGAUUAAAAAUGUGGAGACCGGUGGCUCUGCUGCGCUGCCUUUGCUCGACGACGAGCCUGAGAAUACGCUUGGCGAAGUCAUAAAAGAUUUAGAAUUUUCGAGAAAUGGAGGAAGAAAAUCAGUUAGGGUUCAGUUCCAUGGAUCAAAAUUCUCUGCAUGGAAUUUGGUUCAGCUCUCACUGAAACCUCUGAUCAACAAAAUGGCUGGAUAAUCAACAUGUAAGAGACACUGUAGUUACUUAUGAUAACCAUUGUUGUAGAUUCUAGUGUAUAUGUAUACACAUAUGUAUAUAUAUAAAUUAUAGUCGUAUAUUGGGGCGGUAAAAAUAAGCACGUCACGAAAGAAACGGUGCUUGAACCUUCAAAAAUAGAUCCGAAAUUUAAAUUUAUACUAUAUUAAAUUGAAAUUA